AAAAAAAACGGAUUCUUCACGCUCUGCGCCGCAGUAAUCUCACACUGGCUCAAAUUUCUCCGAAGCAACCUUCUCCAAUCUUCCCCGUCUAAUUUCGUUUCUAGUUCAUAAAAUCCACUGGAUUAGUGACCAUGCCCGUCCUUUACGAGCAAGACAAGCACGUAUCUUCCGCUAUCAUGACAGGACAGGAGAGAGGUGUGCUUAGAUGCCAAGAAAGAACCUCACUGCUCCAUCACUGGAAACUCACAAAGGAACAGAUUGAAUUAGUUGACAAAGCAGGCUUUGGUUGGUUCAGACUAAUAGGAUCAAUCAGUUUAAACAACUCACUAAUCUCCGCACUCGUUGAGCGUUGGAGAAGAGAAACCAACACGUUCCACUUCCCCUGUGGUGAAAUGACAAUCACUCUCGAUGAAGUGUCAUUGCUUCUCGGUCUUCCUAUUGACGGGAAGCCUGUUGUUACUAGUGUUAAAGAAAGAGAGGAAGACCCUUCUCAGGUAUGUCAGAGACUCUUGGGGAAGAUGCCGCAAGGUGAGUUGAGUGGGAACAGAGUGACUGCGAGGUGGUUGAAGGAGGGUUUCGCAGAGUGUCCUAAGGGAGCGUCGAAGGAAGAGGUUGAGUUUCACACGCGUGCUUAUCUUAUAUACCUUGUUGGGAGUACGGUUUUUGCAACUACGGAUCCUAGUAAGAUCUCUGUGGAUUAUCUUAUGCUCUUUGAGGAUUUUGAGAAGGCUGGAGAGUAUGCGUGGGGGGCUGCUGCGUUGGCUUUCUUGUAUAGGCAGAUUGGUAAUGCGUCUCAACGGUCUCAGAGUAUUAUUGGGGGAUGUUUGACUCUCUUACAGUGCUGGAGUUACUUCCAUCUGAAUAUUGACCGGCCAAAGAGAACCACACGUCAGUUUCCCCUGGCACUUUUGUGGAAAGGAAGGCAACAGAGUCGGUCCAAGAAUGAUUUGUUUAAGUAUCGCAAGGCACUUGAUGAUCUAGAUCCAUCAAAUGUUACUUGGUGUCCCUUAGAAGGAGAUCUUGACAUUGUGCCUGAAAGCUUGAAAGAUAAUCUACUACUUGGUAGGUCAAGAACAAAACUGAUUGCUCCAAAAGUAGUGGAAUGGCACUUGCCAGAUCGAUGCAUGAAGCAGUUUGGUCUUUGCCAAGUUAUCCCCGGAGAAGUUCCUCACAGAAAAAACGAGAAAACCCACGACGAAGACUUACUGGAAGACAUUAACACAGCGGAUGAAGAAUGGAUGAGACGAAGGGAAAACAUUGUGGAGAGUGUCGGAGGCAAUGCUGAUGAAACUGAAUAUAUGCAGUGGUUCAAUAGCAUCACAGUCCCAAAGCUUCACAGGGAUACAAGUCUCGAAGCUGAUAUAAUGAACGUGCAAGCUGCUAUACUCCAAUUCGACGAGGUGGCUUCAACGUUGGCGUUAGAGGAUUUACAUCCAGAGGAGAGAGAAGCAGUUGAAGAAGCAGUGAUGUGUAUGUCAAAUGCCUUGAGAGUAGGAGAUUGGUAUGAAGCUCCAACAACAAAUAAGCGCAAGCGAAGAGAGGAACAACCUGAGUGUAGCGAGUGAAGACACAAAUAAAGAGAUCCUCUCUUUUUUAUUCUGGCUGAUUCAGAUGGCUUAGGCAUUGACUUGGAGAAGACAGAAGACGUAAGUCCCAUCAACACUUGAGUUUAUGCUUUACCCUUGAUAAUUGUUUCAGUUUUAUAAAUAGAGAUCUUGGUUUGGAAUCUUAAGAACACUUGAGAGGCUAUAAAUAUUCAGCAUAGUUUUUUGCUAAGCUUGUGUUCUAACCAGUGUAUUUCAGUUAGUGAUGAACUGGAUAAAGUAGAUACUUAACG